GCCGGGAUCUUCAGCAUGCACGCGUGCGAGGAGGGCUUCGCUACCGGGGGACGGGACGGCUGCAUCAGACUCUGGGACGUGGACUUCAAACCCAUCACCAAGAUAGACCUGCGGGAGGCCGAGACCGGCUACAAAGGCGUGUCGAUCCGUAGCGUCUGCUGGAAGGCGGACCGGAUCCUGGCAGGGACCCAAGACAGCGAGAUCUUCGAGGUCAUGGUCCGGGACCGGGACAAGCCGGUCUUGCUGAUGCAGGGUCACAGUGAGGGGGAGCUAUGGGCCCUGGACCUGCACCCCAAACAGCCAGUCGCCGUCACUGGGAGCGACGACCGCUCCGUCAG